AUGGGCCUAGGGAAGACUCUGCAGACAAUAACGUUGCUGUGGACAUUGUUAAAACAGAAUCCUAUAUACGGGGAGCCGCCAAUAGUUCAAAAAGCUCUCAUUGUAUGCCCCGUGACACUGAUCAACAAUUGGAGAAAGGAGUUUCGCAAGUGGCUUGGAAGCGAACGGAUUGGGGUAUUCGUUUUCGAUGACAAGCGAAAGCGGUUGACCGAUUUUACCAUGGGCAAGGCUUACAAUGUUAUGAUCGUCGGAUACGAAAAGCUGAGGACUGUACAGGAGAACUUGGCGAAAGGCGCAGGCGUUGACAUUAUCAUUGCAGACGAGGGCCACCGACUCAAGACACUACAAAAUAAGAGCGGCCAAGCAAUUCAAUCACUGAACGCAACAAAGAGAGUAAUUCUCUCCGGAACUCCAAUACAGAACGACUUGCGAGAAUUCUUUGCAGCCGUGGAUCUGGUCAAUCCGGGCAUUCUGGGGACUUUCAAAGCAUUUAUUAGGGAGUUCGAGGGCCCGAUUAUCAGAAGCAGACAACCAGAAGCCACCAGAAAAGACAUUGAAAAGGGGGAGGCCAGGAAUGAAGAACUGCGGAGUCUGACAUCCAUGUUUAUCUUGCGCAGGACGGCCGAUAUUCUGGCCAAAUACCUCCCACCGAAAACGGAAUACGUGCUAUUUUGCAGCCCAACUCCUACACAGGCGAAUAUAUACAGGAAUGUGCUAGCCUCUCCCAUGUUCCAGUGUGCCAUGGGAAAUUCCGAAAGCGCUCUGCAACUUAUAACGAUACUGAAGAAGCUCUGCAAUAGCCCAUCACUGCUUUCGAAGGACGGCAAUGGACAGCCAUCCAACGACUCGACCAGCGCCUUAUUAUCCUCUCUUCCUCCCAAGCUUCUCCGCCACUUCACUCCUUCUUCGAGCGGCAAAAUACGCGUCCUGGAUCAGCUUUUGCAUAACCUACAUACAGCCACGUCUGAGAAGAUAGUCCUCGUCUCUAACUACACCUCCACCCUGAACCUGCUCGCAACGCUGCUUAGUUCACUCUCCCUCCCAUUCCUCCGUCUGGAUGGCACCACCCCAGUGCAGAAGCGUCAGUCACUCGUUGACGAUUUCAACCGCCUCCCAGCGAGCUCCUGCUUCGCAUUCCUCCUCUCCGCCAAGGCGGGUGGAACAGGACUCAAUCUGAUUGGCGCAAGUCGUCUUGUCCUUUUCGAUGUGGAUUGGAAUCCUGCCACAGAUAUCCAGGCCAUGGCACGCAUUCAUCGUGACGGGCAAACGAGGCACUGCCGGAUAUACCGGAUCCUGCUCAAGGGGAGCCUAGAGGAGAAGAUCUGGCAGCGCCAGGUGACCAAGAUCGGACUGGCAGAUAGUGUUAUGGAGAAUAAAGACAGUGUCGCACAGUUCUCACGCGAGGAGCUAAAGGACCUCUUCCGAUUGGACGAGGAGAGUACAUGUCAAACCCAUGAGCUUCUGGGCUGUGAAUGUGGAGGCCGAGGGCAGCGACAGCACGGCAAUGCCAAGAGCGAAGUCGAUGUUAUUUCUAUAUCUGACUCCGAAGAUGAGUUGAGCGACGCUUCAGAUGCGUUCCUGCCUGACUUCCCGACUCUCAUCAAAGCCUCUGAGCUGAAACUCCGACAAGAGGAACAACAACGACAGCAACAGCAGCGCGGACCUCCCGGGAACCGGAACCUUCGCAGAAAAGGCUCCAGCAAACAGAAGAGCAAGAUGAAACAGUCCCUUGCAUUGUACACACAUAUCGACCCUGGCCUUCUCUCAGGACACCGUGGGGAGACUGGACAAGCGGCUGAUCUCGACAUGGACAUCCAAAAAGAGCUUGAUGACGACCUUGUUCUGUUCCCUUUGCUCAAAGAUGAAGACAACAGAGUUGAUUUUAUCUUCAAAAAAUGCAAUAGGAGCUCAGGGGAAGGGAGUUAG